AGACUUCAGACCUUUGACCCUCCAGCAGAAGAACCGAAGCGCUGGUCGACAUGCGUCUCCUGUCAGGCUUUCACGUCCUCUGGAGUCUUUACUGCUGUCAUUCGGCCACAGUGUUCACGGGGCGGGACGGGGCUCAUGAGGUUCUGACCCGGAGCAGGCGAGCGAACUCGGGCUGGUUCGAGGAGAUGAAGACGGGGAAUCUGGAGAGGGAGUGUCUGGAGGAGAAGUGCUCGUACGAGGAGGCGAGGGAGGUGUUCGAACACACUGAGGCCACGAAUGAGUUCUGGAAGAUCUACGAUGUUAAAGAUCACUGCGCAUCGAACCCGUGUGAGAACAACGGGCUGUGCACGAGUCAGAACGCAGAAUCCUUCACGUGUCUGUGUGCGCCGGGCUUCAGCGGACGCUCCUGCGAGCGCGAGAUUAAAGGUGUGCCUGACUCCUGUCUGCAUGAGAACGGGCACUGCGAGCACUUCUGCGUGGAGGAGGACGGCCAGCGCAACUGCUCCUGUGCCGAUGGGUAUUUCUUAGGGUCAGACGGUCAGAACUGCCCGACACACGAGGCUUUUCCGUGUGGGAAGGUUCCUCUUCUUUGGGGAGGAGGUUCUGGUACGAACUCUCAGGCGGACCUGAGGUCUCGAAUCGUUGGUGGAGCCGAAUGUCCUAAAGGUCACUGUCCGUGGCAGGUGCUGCUGAAGUACGGCGAGAAGGGCUUCUGCGGAGGUGUGAUCUAUAAACCCACAUGGAUCCUCACAGCCGCACACUGUUUAGAGAAACUCAAAGUCAAGUUUCUCAAGAUAGUCGCAGGUGAGCAUGACAUCGAGGUGGACGAAGGCACAGAACAGGUGAUCGAGGUGGAGGAGAUGCUAAUGCACCCCGGCUACGUGCCGGAGACCGCAGACAGUGACAUCGCCCUGCUGCGUCUGCGCAGACCCGUCGUCUACAGCGCGUACGCCGUGCCCGUGUGCCUGCCGGUGCGCGACAUGGCGGAGCGCGUGCUGUGGGCCGUUAGCAAGCACACGGUGAGCGGGUGGGGCAAACGCAGCGAGGACGGACCCACCUCACGCUUACUGCGCCGACUCCAGGUGCCGCGCAUUCGCACGCAGGAGUGUGUGAAGAGCAGCCAACUCUCGCUCACUGAUAACAUGUUCUGCGCCGGUUACAUCGAGGGAAAGCAGGACUCGUGUAAAGGCGACAGCGGCGGCCCGCUAGUGACCCGCUACAGAAACACCACGUUCCUGCUGGGAAUCGUGAGCUGGGGGAAAGGCUGCGCUCGACCGGGAUCCUACGGCAUCUACACGCGCGUCUCCAACUACCUGCAGUGGAUCCACCAACAUACGGCGAACUCUACUCAAGUGAAGCGUUAAAGGGAUAGUUCACCCAAAAAAUUUAAUCAGCCCAUGAUUUACUCUCCCUCGA